GAGUUCUAUCGUUGUUACGCAACAGAAGACGCUGUUCUAGUAUCGUGACGAACAGAUUUCAGGAACAAGGUUUCAGUGUUUACUCGAUAUUUCUAACUGAUCGGCUGAUUAAACUAACUUAGUGCUACAAUGAAUGAUUUAAGGCGUUUAUUUCGCUUUGGCGCGACAGAUCUUCCAGGUCGCCCCCUGCUGUUUGUGGCUGGAGCUGCAGCCACUACAGCAGGAGUUUUUUAUUUUAUGAUAAAGCGCGACAGUGGAGAGAAAACAGCGGAGAACCAAAUUCUCAUAGAGGGUUCAUGUUCAUGUGGUGUUUUGUGUGCUGAUGCAGUUUCAGAGUCCGACAUGGUGUCUGAUGUGGAUGAUGUACGAGUCUCCCAGUCUGACAGCGCUGUCCCUGAGGUACCUUGGGCUGAGGAGAUUUAUGAGCAGGCAAUCAAUUCCUUAGCUCAGCUGGAAAAGGAGAAGUCUAAACUAUUGACAGAACUGAAUAAACUGCAAAUCUUUGAGCAGGAGCUAAAGAAUGGUCUGUCUAAGGCCCAGGAAAAGCACGAUAGAUUAGCGACACAGCAUAAGCAGAAAGGUUUGGAGUUAAUCAUUCUGCAGACCACACACAAUGCCAUUAAGGCAUUUAAACAAAAGGAGUGUGUGGACAUGCACAGGGAUUACACCGAGAUGAGGUCCCGUUACCAUCAGUUGGAGGAGACCUUAAAAGACACAGAGAUCUCUCUGGCUAAAACUAGAGAGAAAUAUUAUGACACAUACCGCUGGAAUGAUGAAGUGAUAACGCACCUGCAGCGAAAGUUAAUUCAAGUUUACAGUGAACAGUACAAUGACAAAGUAAACCUGCAAAAUGAGAAAGUAUCCUUGGAGUCAAAGUAUGAAGAGGCAUUAAAACAGUGUAAUAAGCUGCAAAUGGAGUGCAAGUCAGAGCAGAAUGAUUAUUGUGCCCUGAAGUCAGAGUGUGAUCAGAUUAAGAAAACUUCAAUACACCAUACAGAGUCAGAAAAGGUGCAUACGCUGCAAGCCGUGGUACAGCAGCUGGAGGAAGAGGUCUGUGAAGCACGCAAGAUGUAUUGCGACAUAGAGGCAGAGCAGGCGAAAACACAGGAGAUGCGCAGGAACCUGAAAGCGCAGCACACAGCAUUGAUGGAAACUUUGAAACAGUUCUUUGAGUUACUAAAGAUCCAUCCUGGACCUGCGGAAACUGAGGAACCAGGUGAACCUCAGGAAAUUUCAGAGCCUGAGGAACCUGUGGAGCCUGAGGAGCCUUUGAAACUGUAGAAACUGGGAACCUGAGGAGUUUGUGGAACUGGGGAGACUAAGAAAACUAGCCAGAGGCAGAGGAUUAACACCUGGGUUUUCUAUAUUGCAUGUACAAUGUGCACGUAUGCCAAGACCUCAAAAUAUCACUGGCACGGCUCUGUGUGGUUUUUCCAGUGAGAAUGGAGGGGGUGGACUGACUCACAGGACAGAUCUGGGGCAUGUGUAUGUUUGUUGAGGUUCUGGGAGUUUGGUCCUGAGUGCUUGAAUUUCCAGGGUGGAUUGGUUCCAUGUACUUGAUACUGACACAGUGGAACUGUAACAUUUCAUCUAGCAAAAACACCAGCAAUGCAGGGAUUCACAAAAAGACUGUGGUCCAGACCAUCAUCGCUUGAGAUUUAAGCCUAGGACAGGGGUCUGCACAGGGGUCUUUCCCACCAAAUAAAAUUCACAUGGAGUCACCAAA